AUGGCCUCUGCGGGCAUUGCGGGCCAGGCCUCCCUGCAAGGGGCACGGCCGUUUGCUAGUCCGUGCGCCGCUCCCGUGCCUUUGGCCUCGUGCCGGCAGCAACGGGCCGUGGCAAACCGCUCGACCUCUCGAUCCGGCCCCCGCCAUGAGGCGCACUACCCCGCCACGCCCGCGGCUGUGUGUGCCCCGCGGCGCUCCCCGGCGCCCCGCGGCCGCGCCGUGGCCGCCGCUGCAGCCGCCGGUCCAGCUGCGCCGCAGCUGCCCUCCGAGGCGGACGUCGUCGUCGUCGGCGCCGGCCUGGCCGGCCUCCACUGCGCGGAGCUGCUGCAGAAGCGCGGCGUGACCGCGCUGCUGCUCGAGGCGUCCGACGGCGUCGGCGGGCGCGUGCGGACGGACGACGUGGGCGGCUUUCUCCUGGACCGCGGCUUCCAGAUCUUUUUGACGGGUUACCCCUACGCGCAGCAGGUGCUGGACUACGAGGCCCUCCGCCUGCGCCCCUUCUACGCCGGCGCGCGCGUCUGGUUCAACGGCGGCUGGCACACCGUGGCGGACCCGCUGCGCCACUUUGUGGACGGCCUGCUGUCGCUGGCCAACCCCAUAGGGUCUGUUGGGGACAAGGUCAACGUGGGGGUGUUCAGGCUCAAGAGCCUGCUGGGCUCGAUCGAUGACAUCUUCGCGCGGCCAGAGACGACCAUUGAGCAGCGGCUCAAGGAGGAGGGCUUCUCCCCCGAGAUCAUCGACCGCUUCUUCCGGCCCUUCCUGGGGGGCAUCUUCUUUGACACCAAGCUGGGCACCAGCAGCCGCCUCUUCUCAUUCGUCAUGCGCAUGCUGGCCACAGGCCAGAACUGCCUACCGGAGGGCGGCAUCGGCGCGGUGGCGGAGCAGCUCGGCGGGCGGCUGGCAGCGGACAGCCUCUUCCUUGGGGCCAAGGUGGAGCGGAUAGAGGGGGGUGGUGGCGACAACGCGGGGGCACGCGUGGUGCUCGCGGACGGCCGCAGCGUGGUGGCGCGGCGCGGCGUGGUGGUGGCGACAGAGGGCCCAGAGGCGCGGCGGCUGCUUGCGGGCCGGCUGGAGGCCUCCCCCUCCAAGCCGGAGGACGGCGUGGGCACCGCCUGCCUCUACUUCUCGGCCCCCUCACCCCCCAACCCCGACAACGUGCUCUACCUCAACGGCACCGGCAAGGGGCUCGUCAACAACGCCUGCUUCCCCAGCACCGUGUCCGCCAGCUACGCGCCAGCGGGGCAGGCGCUGGUGUCAGUGUCUGUCAUCGGCACGCAGCCGCAGCUGAGCGACGACGAGCUGACGGCGGCGGUCAAGGCAGAGCUGGGCCCCUGGUUUGGCGCAGGCCAGGUCUCCAGCUGGCAGCACCUCCGCACCUACCGCAUCCCCUUUGCCCAGCCCAGCCAGGCACCCCCGACCAACUUCCGGCGGCCGGUCGAGCUGGGCGGCGGCCUGUUUGUGUGCGGCGACCACAGGGACAGCGCCACGUUUGAGGGCGCCCUGGUGUCGGGGCGGCGCGCAGCAGAGGCGGUGCUGGCAAGCAGCAGCGGCGGCGUGGCGGCGCAGGCGGCGGCCAAGGUGACGAGCGCAGCGUGA